AUGGACCAGUCCCCGACCGCCCUCUUUGUUUCGUACGAGUCCGACUUCAAGCAGAUUGUCGCGAGCAUCCGGGAGAAGCUCGACGGCGAUGCGAAGGGCGAACAGGCCGAGCAGCGCAAGGCUGCAUUGCGCCGGGUAGAGAUGGAGCUGGACGAGGCGGACGAAAUGGUCUCGCAAAUGGAGAUCGAAAUCCAGGGCAUCCCGCAGUCCAUCCGCGCGUCCUACCAAUCGCGCAUCAGGUCCGCCAAGAGCGACCUUGCGCGGUACAAAAAGCUCUCCAAGGACCUGCACGCCUCCACCGCGCGCGCGGACCUGCUUGCCCGCUCGCCUUCCGCGUUCGACGACCCGAGCAUCGCGGACGACCCGUACGGCGAGCGCAGCGACCGCACGCGCCUCCUCGCGGGGACCACGAUCCUCGAGGACGGCAGCCGGCGCUUGCAGGACAGCCAGCGGAUCGCGCUCGAGACGGAGGAGCAGGGCACGGACAUCCUCCGGAGUCUGCGCGUGCAGCGGGAGCAGAUUGAGAAUUCGCGGGACACACUUCAACGUGCUGACACGUCGAUCGACCGCGCGUCGGGUACGCUCAAGAAAAUGAUCAGGCGGAUGUACCAACAACGCGUCGUGACGGGUGCCAUCAUCCUCGUCCUCGUCAUCCUCAUCAUUGUCAUCCUCUGGGCGAAGCUUUCUCACUGA